CUCUUUCAAAAUGUCCAAACAGUUAAAAAGAAUUAACAAAUAGUUAUAUCCAUCUUUUUUCCUGAAAAAGAAGAGAAAGUAUAGUUCAUUUGCUUGUUGUUUGGCAGAAGACAGAAAAAUGAAGGAAGAAAUAAGAGUCCAACUUCUUUCGAAUACUAAUGAGGAGAAUGUAAGCAAUGAGAAGCUGCAUAAAUUUACUGGAGAUUCAGCAAUUCAUCAUACGACGUCGUCUAUCACUCCUAUGCUACUUUUCUCUGCUUUCAUUGCCUUUUUGGGUUCUUUUUCCUUGGGUUAUAUUGUGGCAUAUACAUCACCUGUGCAAGCUGAAGUCAUGAAAGAACUUAAUCUUUCAACGGCUGAGUAUUCACUAUUUGGAUCAAUGUCUAGUAUUGGAGGGGCAAUUGGCGCUAUCGUAUGUGGCAAAUUAGCAGAUUACCUUGGUCGGAGAAGUGCACUAAAAUUGUGUGACUUAUUUUACAUCUUUGGCUGGUUUGUCAUAUCAGUGGCGCAGGAUGCUUGGUUGCUCGACUUGGGUAGAUGCAUGUUGGGUUAUUCCAUGGCCAUUUCAGCCUAUGUUGCUCCCAUAUAUGUAGCUGAAUUUACACCUAAAGAUCUUCGAGGAAGAUUUGUAUAUACACACGUGUUCAUGCUAGCAACAGGAUCUUCAGCAGCGUUUCUCAUUGGACUAGUAAUCACUUGGCGUACUUUAGCUCUCAUUGGAAUUAUUCCGAGCCUACUGCAAAUUAUUGGCUUAUUCUUCAUUCCAGAAUCCCCUAGAUGGCUGAUGAUGAAGAGUAAAAAUAAGGAGUUUGAAGCAGCUUUACAGUGUCUUAGAGGAGAUUCUAUUAAUAUCUCUCAAGAAGCUACUGAUAUAAAGGAGCAUGCUGAAGCCCUUCACCAAUUGGAAAAAGUUGGUAUCGUACAACUAUUCCAGAAGAAAUAUGCAUAUGUACUCACGGUUGGUAUUGGGCUUGCAGCACUUGUUAACCUCGUCGGUCUACCUGGAGUUAUGUCAUACGCCAGUUCCAUAUUCGAAUCAGCUGGGUUUUCAGUUACUGUGGGAACUAUAGCACUAGCCUUUUUACAGCUUCCAAGUGUGGGUUUGGGUAUAUUUUUGAUGGAUAAAUGUGGGAGACGCCCACUUCUAAUGGGAUCAGCAGUUGGGCUAUGCUUGGGUUGCUUGAUAACAGGCUUUGCAUUUGUGUUUGAGGAGCGUCGAUUGUUGGGUGGUUUCAGUCCUUAUCUUGCACUUAUUGGCAUAUUGAUCUUUGUGGCUUCAUAUCCAGUGGGCAUUGGUGGAGUAUCAGCAGUUAUUACUUCAGAGAUAUACCCCUUGAACAUAAAAGGGUUAGCUGGAAGUGUUGCUGCUUUAGUAUCUUGGCUUUCAGCAUGGACUGUUUCUUAUGCAUUUAACUUCUCUAUGGAAUGGAGUUCUUCAGGGACCUUUUUUGUAUUGGCGGGUGUUUCUGCAUUUGCUCUUAUAUUUGUGGCCAAAUUAGUGCCGGAGACAAAGGGAAAAACUCUUGAAGAAGUUCAUAUGUCAAUUAGUAAUGUUUGGCAAUGAUGAAAGCCUUCCAAUUUUAUGUAGCUGGAAUUCAAUUGUAUUGAUCACAAUAGUUUCUGGUUGUUAUGAGCAAAGUUUAAUUAUUUGUUA